AUGGAAACAGUUAAUAAGGCACGUUUCCUCCUCGCUCUUCUCGUGGUGUUCCUUGCCAUGGCUGAGGGAGGAAGGGACGUCUCGAUGAAAGACGAUGUCUACAAUCCUCAGAACUUUUUUGGAAAUGGUUGGUUCCCAUUUUUUCCCUUUUUCCCUCAUUUCCCCUGGUUUGGAGGUAUCCACAAAGCUGAAGCUGGGCAAAACGAUUUGGUGAAACGCAAAGAGGGGUACUUCCAUUGGAGUUAUGCCUCAUCUGGGGUUGCAGUAACUUCUGAUGCUCAUAUUCUAGUAAUAAAUCAGCAGCUUGUUUCUGGAGUGCAGCAACAUGAGCUUCAGCAGUUUCCCCCAGAUAACCCUGGAAUUUAUGGCCUACUUUCGAACUUUUAUGCCGAAGCAAGGAGGUGGUAUGAAGUAGCAGAGGUGAUGAAGAAAGUACAUAGUUACAGUGCUGUAGAAAUUCAUGGGGAACUCCAUGUUUUUCUUAUGGAAGAUAAGAGUCGUCCUCAAUAUAAACAGAUUAUGGGAAUUUUGGACAAGCUAGAGCUUGAGCUGAAAGCUAUGGGUUAUAUGCCAACACAGAGGCCAGGAACUAGAUUGCUGAUCACAAAAAAAACAGUCUGCAGGGAUUGCCAUGAAGCAACUAAGUUUAUCUCCAAAACAGUGAAUAGAGAGAUUGUGGUGAGAGACAAGAAGCGAUUUCAUCACUUUAAGGAUGGAGUCUGCUCAUGUGGUGACUACUGGUAA